AUGAGAAUAAAAUGUGAAUGUUUAAGAAUAAGAAGAACACCAUAUUUUAGUAUAUUAAAUAAAAAAAAUGAAAAUGUAGCCAAAAAUAAAUUUAUUAAUAAUGAUACAAAAAAUAAUACUAAAAAUAUAAUUAAUCAAAAUGAUAAUAAAAAAGAAAGCAAGUUUAUUCAGUAUGAAAAUGAUAAAAAAAUAUCCAUUGACCCUUUGUUUGAUUCAGUUUGUAAGAAUGUAAGUGUUAGUGAAGCCUGCUUAUAUAACAUGCAAGGGUUUUUUAAUAAAAUCAAUUUUAAUAAUGAAAAUAAUAAAUUAUUUUGUGGAAUAUUAUAUGGAAAAUAUGAAAAUGAUAAUUCAGUAAAAAUUGAAAAUGUAUUUUUUUCCAUAAACAGUUCUCAGCAUGAUUAUAAUGUAGAUUAUCUUUUAAAUAGUAAUGAUCGAAAAAAAAUGGACACGCUAGCAAAAUUAUUAAAUUUACAAGUUGUUGGUUUUUUUUAUGCUUAUCCAGAUAUUGGUGUAGACUUAAAUGAAGCUAAUCAAAAAAAAAAAAAUUUUAUAAAUUUAAAUAAAAAAAUUAAAACCCUAAAUCAUGAUGAAAACGAAAUAUUUAUACCAAUGGGAGGAAAAGAAGUUUUUUUAGCAUUGAAAGUUAUGAAGCAAGUUCUAACCGAAUUGGGCACAAAAAAUAAAAAAGUCGAAAUAGCAAAUAGAGAAGGAAAACAAAAUAAUGACAACGAUCAUUUUUUACAUACAAUAAAUAAUAAAGACAUCAAAAAAGGUCUUGAACAAAUUAAUAAUGGUGAAAAUAAAGGAAAAAAAAAAAAAAAAAAAUAUAAUGAAAACUUAAAACCAUUUAUUAUUUUAUCUGUUGGUAUGAAUACAAAAUCAAAAGGAAUUAUUGUUGAAGCAUAUGAAAUUAAUAAUGAUUUAAUAAAACUAAUAAACAAUGAUAUGAUUAAAGAUAUAGAAAAACAAAAUACCAUAUUACAAUUUGAAAAAAAAAAUAAUGCAAAGGAACAAAAAAUAAAAAGCUUUGAUAGUGAAAUAGAUCUUAUGAACGAACUAUAUUUAAAAUGUAAAGAUAAUAUUUUUAUUAAAAAAAUCGAAAUAAAAAAAGUAGACAUUUUAUUUUGUGUAAAUAAUGUUCCUAUUUUUUCUCAUAAAAGUAGUUAUAACUAUUUUUUCCCAUAUCCAAAUAAUUCGAAUUAUUAUAACAUUCUUCAAAAAUUUAAUUACACAAUAAAAUCAUUAAAAAAUAAAACUGACAUUGUAAAUCUUUUUAAAGAUUUUAAUUUCCUUUUUUUCUUAACAAAUAUUUUUUCAAUCCAAGAUGAUUUACCUUAUAUUUGCAAAGCCAUAAAUAAUGCAAAUAAUUCAUUAAGCAUACCAGAUCAGUAUAUACAAAUUUUAAAAAACCUGUCUAAAAAUACAAACUUUCUUAUUUGA